AUGCAGGUCGCGCUCAAUAUAUUGCUGUUCUUCGCUGGCUUCUCGAUUGCGACGUUCAUUGCAUUGAGGCCAAAGAAACCCGGUCGAGAUCUCGAGACGCUUCGCUAUGUCGCUGACGGACUGCAUCACAAAGCACAAAGCUUGAGUACGGGUUGUUCAGCAGUCGAGGAUGAGAGGCGAGUGGUACAAGGAGAUGGGGAAAAUCUACUCACAAAAGAGCAAGUCGAAGCUAAGUACGACAUGGACGCAUGGCAGCGGAAUGUCUACGAAGAGUUCAAGACGACAAUCCUGGCGAAAGGGACUGGCCUCAAGACAUUUCCAUGCGUAUACGCCACGAUGGGCUAUCGGAGCGGCGACCAUCGUUACGUCUUCCUGCAUUCCGACGAUCCAUCAGAACCUCGCAACAUCCGCCUCAUCGCGCCCGCAUUGAAAGCAUACCUCCGACUGUCUCGCUCACUCGGGCCAAACACGAGCCUGGUUAUCAUGGGUGCUCCAACAGAAGGCGAGCAGAGGAGCGUUGAAGAGUACAACCACAACUUUUGGGAGAUGCUUCGAGGUCUGAGGAUCUGGGAUUCCGCACCAUGGCCAGAAAACAUCCCGCAAGAGACGGACGAUCAAAACUGGACUUUCUGCUUCGAUGGCGAGCCGCUAUUCCCCGUGGCACUUACUCCUGCCCACCAAAAGAGAUGGUCUCGACGUGCGCCGGUACCACUGAUCGCACUGCAACCAAAAUGGGUCCUCGACAAUUUGCUUUCCACCACAGAAAAAAGAGAGGCGGCCACGGGCAAAGUGAGGAAAUUGCUCGCCCAAUACGAUCAGACCGAGGUCAGUCCAGACUUGACGACGUAUGGCCAGGCCAGCGAGGUACACCAGCUUUGCCUCAGGGACGAAAACACGACGGUAGAAUGUCCUUAUGGCGAUUUCGACAAGGGCGGCUCUUCGCCCGCAUCUUCCCGACGAGCAUCGAUGGAGCAAUAG